AUGGCGGCGGCGUUGAUGGCGGGCGUCGUCGGCGUCGGCGGAGGCGGAGGAGGGGUUGGGUUGGGGUUGGGUGGGUGGGGGAGGAGGAUGCAUACGCUGUUCUCUGGUAGUGCCAGGACUUACUUCGACUGGCAGACGGUGGGCUGGUUGCACAGCCUCCGCAAGGCCGGCCAUCCCGGCCUCACCCGCCUCCUCAGCUCCUCCGCGCCGACCAUCCGCUCCUACGCGGCAUCGCUCGCUCCGUCCCCCGACCUUCUCACCGUCCCGCUCCUCCAUGUCUCCCACCCCCGCACCGGCGACUGGUACCCCGCUAUUAACAAACCUGCAGGCGUAGUUCAUUGGCUAAAGCAUAGCAAAGAUGCUGAAAAUGUCGAUUGGGUUGUAAUCUUAGACGCCGAUAUGAUAGUUCGUGGCCCUAUACUUCCUUGGGAACUCGGGGCGGAAAAAGGCAAGCCCGUUGCUGCAUAUUAUGGGUACCUGAGGGGUUGUGAUAAUGUUCUUGCUCGGCUGCACACGAAGCACCCGGAAUUAUGCGACAAGGUUGGUGGACUACUAGUGAUGCAUAUCGACGACUUGAGGGCGUUGGCGCCGUUAUGGCUUUCGAAGACAGAGGAGGUGCGAGGGGAUCGGGCCCACUGGGCAACCAAUAUAACCGGCGACAUUUAUGGUCAGGGCUGGAUUAGCGAGAUGUAUGGAUACUCGUUUGGUGCUGCAGAAGUAGGCCUUCGCCACAAGAUCAAUGAUGAUUUAAUGAUCUACCCGGGUUAUAUUCCAAGAGUUGGUGUUGAGCCUAUUAUAAUGCACUAUGGCUUGCCUUUUGAAGUUGGGAAUUGGUCAUUUAGCAAGUUAGACCAUCACGAAGAUGACAUUGUUUAUGACUGUAACCGCCUUUUCCCUCCGCCACCUUUUCCUAGAGAGAUCGAGAUGAUGGAAGCUAAUCCAAACUUAAGGCGAAGCUUAUUUCUUAGCAUAGAAUGCAUUAACACUUUGAAUGAAGGACUUUUGCUGCAUCACGCAUCGAUGGGUUGUCCUAGGCCAAAAUGGUCGAGAUACAUGAGUUUCUUGAAAAGUAAGAGAUUCGCAGAGCUUACCAAGCCAAAGUACUUGAAUGCUGAUCAGAUUCACUAUCAACUAUCUGAGAAAAAGAUAGUCUCAGAGGAAGUAGAAAGGGAACAUCCGAAAAUACAUACUCUUUUUUCGACUGAAUGUUCGACAUACUUUGAUUGGCAGACGGUAGGGCUCAUGCAUAGCUUUCGGUUGAGUGGCCAGCCUGGCAAUAUCACUCGCUUGCUCAGCUGUACUGAUGAAGACUUGAAGAGAUACAAGGGACAUGAUCUCGCUCCUACGCACUAUGUUCCAUCUAUGAGCCUUCAUCCACUGACGGGAGACUGGUACCCAGCGAUCAAUAAACCAGCGGCAGUUCUCCAUUGGCUUAAUCAUGUGCAGACUGAUGCCGAGUAUAUAGUUAUUUUGGACGCUGAUAUGAUUAUGAGAGGUUCCAUUACUCCAUGGGAUUAUGGUGCAAAACGUGGCCAUCCUGUUUCAACUCCCUAUGGAUACCUCAUUGGCUGCGACAAUGUGCUCGCAAAGAUACAUACUCGCAAUCCUGCAGCUUGUGACAAGGUUGGCGGUGUCAUAAUCAUGCACAUUGAUGAUCUGCGCAAGUUUGCUUUGUUAUGGCUGCAUAAAACAGAGGAGGUUCGCGCUGACAAAGCUCACUAUGCAACGAAUAUCACCGGGGAUAUUUAUGGUUCCGGUUGGAUAAGUGAGAUGUAUGGUUACUCAUUUGGCGCUGCCGAGUUGAAUCUGAGGCACAUCAUCAGGAGAGAUAUUUUGAUAUACCCGGGUUAUGUUCCUGAACCCGGAGUAAAAUACAAGGUCUUCCAUUAUGGCUUGAGAUUUGGUGUUGGCAACUGGAGCUUCGACAAGGCUGAUUGGAGAGAUGUUGACAUGGUAAAUAACUGCUGGGCUAAAUUUCCCGAACCACCCGAUCCAUCUACCGUCGCUGCUGAAGCUGAAAAUAUCAGGCAAAGAGAUCUCCUUAGCAUUGAAUGUGGGAGAGCUUUGAACAAAGCUCUCUAUUUGCAUCAUCUAAAGAGGAAUUGCCCAACAUCAGAAAGUAGUAAUAAUGCAACUCACAUAGAAAAAACUACAGGAAUAUCACUCGUGUCAAGUGAUCAAGGGCAUAGCGAUAGCAUGCGCAUAAACAGGAAAAACCGUGAUUCCGUUUUUGAUUCUCACUUACAAUCUACACAUGGAUCACAUCACGUAAGAUCUCGAUGGGCUGGAAUGUUUGCCUUGUGGGUUUUCUCUGUGCUAGGCUUCUUAACUAUAAUCACCGUGGUUCUCUCUAGCAACAGAAGAUGGAGUUCGAGGACUAGGGCGGCUAGAAGUAAGAAAAGUUUUGCCUAGUACUGCAAGCACUUACAGAUUUCAUGAUAGGCACCUGUAUGAUGUACCUUUUCACAUGCGCGAUUUCUUCAAUUGACCCAUAUGUAGAGUAAAUAGAGCUCUGGCGUCCGACAAGAAGAUGAAACUCGAAAAGUUGCUGAAACUGGAAAGUGCUUCAGAGGUUGAAUAAUGUAACUUCGCUGAUGCAGCAGUGUGUCUCAUAGUUGGACGAGUUGAAUACGACUGUGAUAUAGCUUUCGCUUUGUUGUGCACAGUUACACGAGUAAGCUCUCGAUAGGUUUUGAUAUAUGAUAAUCUCUAGUAUGAUGAGCUCCACCACGUCUGAAUUCACGGACACCUGUACCACCUGAUAAAGCUGCUCGCUUUCAACACGUGUUUUGAAUUUUCAUUUAUCUGUUAAUUGUAAAACCAAUUUCCCCAUAAGCAGCAUGAAUGUGUUUUGGUAUGUUGUGUUUGAUUAUAACCAGAUUUUUGUCAAUUUUUAGUGACAGUUGUAUCUAUUUUUCAACUGGGGAAGCAAUUUCAAUAGCUGAUCUUUCUUUGGCUUGUUGGACUCUAUUAUAUCUGUAUGUCAUGGGUUUAUAAUUGCGAAAGAAGUGAGAAGUAAGAGUUUUUAAUUGCAGGAACUCUUCAUGUA